AUGGUUCAAGCUACUAACUUGGGUUUCCCCAGAAUCGGCGGUCAACGCGAGACCAAGAAGUUGGUCGAGAACUUCUGGGCCGGCAAGAUCACUGAGCAGGCUCUCGACGAGGCUGCCGUCAAGCUCCGCGCUGAGAACUGGAAGCUCCAGCAGGCCCAGGGUCUUUCCCAGAUCCCCUCGGGCGACUUCUCUUUCUACGACCACGUCCUUGACCACUCUGUCAUGUUCAACGUCAUCCCCCAGCGUUUCCGCCAUCUUGCCGAGGGCCACGAGCGCAACUUUGCCAUUGGCCGUGGUAUCCAGAAGCCCGCCACCGAGACCCAGGAGAAGGUCGAUAUCGAGGCCCAGGAGAUGAAGAAGUGGUUCGACACCAACUACCAUUACAUUGUCCCAGAGUUCGAGACCAACCAGACCUUCCAGCUCAGCGCCAACGCCAAGACCGUCCAGGAGUUCAACGAGGCCAAGGCCCUCGGCAUCCACACCCGCCCCGUCGUCCUUGGUCCCCUCUCCUUCCUUCUCCUCGGAAAGACUGCCAAGAACUCUGCUGGCCUCGACCUCAUCACCCUCCUCCCCAAGGUCCUCCCCGUCUAUGAGGAGCUCUUUGCCCAGCUCGCUGCUGCCGGUGCCGACUGGGUCCAGGUCGACGAGCCCGUCCUCGCCCUCGAUGUCUCUGCCGCCGUCGUUGCCGAAUACCAGACCACCUAUACCCGCUUGACCGCUGCUGCCCCCAAGCUCAAGUUCUUGAUCGCCACCUACUUUGGUCGCAUCGGUAACAACGUCUCCUUCAUCAAGGACUCUGGUGUUGCUGGUCUUCACAUUGAUCUCGUUCGCGCCCCCGAGCAGCUCGAGAACGUCAUUGCCAACAUUGGCCAGACCCAGGUCCUUUCCCUCGGUUUGAUCGAUGGUCGUAACAUCUGGAAGACCAACUUGGCCGCUGCCCUCAAGCUUGCCGAGACCGCCGUUGCUGCCCUUGGCUCUGACCGUGUCUUCGUCGCUCCCUCUUGCUCUCUCUUGCACGCCCCCGUCACCCUCCGCUUCGAGAAGCGCCUCGCCUCCAAGAACCCCGAGCUCUUUGACUGGCUCGCCUACUCUGAGGAGAAGUGCAAGGAGGUUCACAUCAUCGCCCAUGCCUUGAACCACGGUGCCGACUCUGUCAAGGCUGAGUUGACCGACAAUGCCCGCUCCAUUGAGGCCCGUCGUGUCUCCCCCCACACCACCAACGCUGCCGUUCGCCAGCGCCUCGAGGCCAUCGUCCCCGACCAGCUCCGUCGCCGCAACGUCUUCCCCACUCGCCAAGUCACCCAGCACGAGGCUAACCCUCUCCCUGCUUUCCCCACCACCACCAUCGGCUCCUUCCCCCAGACCAAGGAGAUUCGUCUUGCCCGUGCUAAGUUCACCAAGGGCGAGAUCGAUGCUGCCACCUACCAUGACUUCAUCAAGAAGGAGAUUGCCUUCUGUGUCAAGGAGCAGGAGGCGCUCAAGAUCGACGUCCUCGUCCACGGUGAGGCUGAGCGUAACGACAUGGUCGCCUACUUUGGUGAGCGUCUCGAGGGUUACAUCUUCUCUGAGAACGGAUGGAUCGCCUCGUACGGUUCCCGCUGCGUCCGUCCCCCAAUUAUCUUUGGAGAUGUCCACCGUGUCAACCCCAUGACCAUCACCGAGACUGUCUACGCCCAGUCCUUGACCAGCAAGCCCAUGAAGGGUAUGUUGACCGGUCCCGUUACCUGCUUGCAGUGGUCCUUCGUCCGUGACGACAUCCCCCGCUCCGUCGUCUGCACCCAGUUGGCCUUGGCCAUCCGCGAUGAGGUCGCUGAUUUGGAGAAGGCUGGCAUCGUCCACAUCCAGGUCGAUGAGCCCGCCAUUCGUGAGGGUCUUCCCCUCCGCUCGGUCGACUUUGACUUUUACCUCCAGUGGGCCGUCGAUGCCUUCUUGCUCUCGACCACUGGUGUCCAGGAUAAGACCAUCAUCCACACCCACAUGUGCUACUCUGACUUCCAGGAUAUCUUCCAGGCCAUUGUCCGCAUGGAUGCCGAUGUCUUGACCAUCGAGAACUCCAAGAGUGACAUGCGUAUCCUCGGCGCCUUCUCGACCCACGGCUACAACGCCGAGAUCGGACCCGGUGUCUUUGAUAUCCACUCUCCUCGUGUCCCCUCCACCCACGAGAUGAAGGAGCGUGCCGAUGCCAUGUUGAAGUACAUCCCCCGCGGCAACCUCUGGAUCAACCCUGACUGCGGUCUCAAGACCCGUGGCUGGAAGGAAGUUCGCGAAUCUCUGACCAACAUGGUGGCUGUUGCCGAGGCGCUCCGUGCUGCCUCAGCUUAA